ACAUAUUCUGUCAAGUCUAAUCAGUUAAAAUUCAAAUUAUUUAAAAUUGUGCCGCGGAAGAAACAGAGAGGCCAAUACACUAUCAAUCGACAGUUUCCCUAUAUCUGCGAUUGAGCGACCCAAUUUGACUGCAUCAAUGGAUAAUUCAAACGAUGAAUUCGAACCCCUCUUUGAUUAUACUCGCGUGCAGCCUGCGCCGGUCAUCUGUCUCGGUGAUGACCUAGACGGAACACCUGAUUUUGCCUCUAAGAAACGGAGAAUCUCUGAUACUACGGAUGAGAAAAAACAAGAUGUGAACUCGAAAGAUGUGAAGGUGAUAGAUUGUGAUGGUAAAGAAGAAGAAGAAGAAGAAGAUUGGUUGCCUCCGCCUCCAAAGAAUCUAGAUACUAAUUCUAAAAGUAUUGGCGAGGACUCAACUUUGAAGGCCCUCAGUUGCUACUCUGCUACAACUGUCACUACCCUGCAUCUGCUACUUCUGCUACAGUUGCAACAACUGCCCUACAGUUUCUGCUACAGUUGCAACAACUGCCCUACAGCUGCUACUCUGCUACAACUGAUACUACUAUCCUGCAUCUGCUACAGUUGCAACUACUAUCCAGCUGCUACUCUGUUACAGCUGACACUAACUACCAUGCAUCUGCUACUCUACUGCAGUUGCUACUACUGCUCUGCAUCUGCUACUACUGCUGCUACAACUGCCCUAUAGCUGCUGCUACAACUUAUGCAACAGCUGCAACUACUACUGCCCUAUAGUUUCGGCUACUACUAUUGCUGCCGAUGUUUGAGGAAAAACAUUUUUGAGAACUUUGUACCAAGCUGGACACAAUAUAGAUGUUCCCGCUUGAGGAGGAGUGUUAAGAAUAUUAGUAUUCUGUCCCACAUCGGUGAUGUGACAUAGCCUAGCUUAGUCUCUUGUACUAUAUAUAUGUGGCCUGUGUUGAGUAAUAAUAUACACCAAAUACACUACUACUUUCUCUACUAUGUCUAUUUACUUUUCUGCUUAUAUCUAUAUUUUACUGUUCUACAAUAGGUACUUUAGCAAGUAUGCCAUGUGACCAAUUGAUCGAUUUCUGUUUCUUUGAAGUCUUCUUAUUAAUAAUUUUUCUACUUGCUAU